AUGUUUGAAAGUUUAAUUGAAGCAGCUCCGCAGUUAUUCAUGCAACUUUAUAUAAUCACAAUAUGCAGAGAUGUCGAAAACGACUUGAAGACUGAUGAAAGAAAUAUAACAAUUGUAUCUGACGAUACUGAUUACUCAGAGAAAUUGUACUGCAAAGAAUAUGGUUAUGAUUGGAUUUCGAUACUUUCAAUUAUGUUCUCAUAUAUCGUCUUAUCGUCAAGAAAUUAUUCUCGGAGUGUUCUUUUUCAGAGAGUUUAUUUCUUCAUCAUGCUGUUAGUGCAAAAUUUUACACGAAUGACGAUUCUCGUUCUUGCAUUAUUUAAAUUACGAGAAGAAUAUGAUUCAAUUGGGUUUCUUCUUUUCUUUGGACCGCUUGGAAUUCACUGCAAGCCUUCUCUCCAGCCCUGGGAAAAAGUAAGAGCUCGGCGAUACUGCGCUGCUCCGGAAGGAUCAGAAGCCGGCUUGAUCAAUUGGACAGAAGUAGCUACUUUUGUCGGCGGGGAAAAAGAGACAGACGCAGUUCUCAUCGGCAUGAACAAAUGCCAAAAAGAGCUGAAGGAGAAAGUGAUGGGCAAACCUAGCACUUCAAAUCCAGCCCGAGUCGAAGAACUGAUGAACAUCGCCAUCAAGCGACAAGUCUGCGUUCGCGCGAUCAAAAGAGGCCAUUUUGAUGCGUUGCCGUGCAAGGAAGAGUGUGAGGAAGUUUUGAAGGCUUUCAAGAGGAAAUCGGAGACAAUUAAAGUGACUGGAAAAGAAAAGAAAAAACUCAAGUUUUGGACAAAAGUCUGUCUCACGAAACAAGCGGCUAUUUUUUGA